GCUGGAGCAGGGGGGAAAAGUUACAGGCGCUGGUGCAGCUUGUGGGCACGUGUAGCGGUGGCCGAACCUCGCGGGUCCGGAGGACGCGAGAUGGACACCCCUCCGCUCUCAGGCUCGGACUCGGAGUCGGACGAGUCCCUGGUGUCAGACCGGGAGUUGCAGGAUGCGUUUUCCCGCGGACUCCUGAAGCCAGGUCUCAACGUUGUGCUAGAGAGGCCGAAGAAGGCGGUGAAUGACGUGAAUGGCCUGAAGCAGUGCUUGGCUGAAUUCAAACGGGAUCUGGAGUGGGUUGAAAGGCUGGAUGUGACCCUGGGUCCAGUGCCGGAAGUCGGUGAAACUCAGUCAACACCCCAGAACAAGGACCAGAAGAAAGGUGUUAAUCCAGAAGACGACUUCCAGAGGGAAAUGAGUUUCUACCGUCAGGCCCAGGCUGCAGUGCUUGCUGUGUUACCCCGACUCCAUCGGCUUCAAGUCCCCACAAAGCGGCCCACCGAUUAUUUUGCAGAAAUGGCCAAGUCUGAUCAGCAGAUGCAAAAGAUUCGACUGAAGCUGCAGACUAAACAGGCUGCCAUGGAGAAAUCUGAAAAGGCCAAGCAACUUCGAGCGCUUAGGAAAUAUGGAAAGAAGGUACAAACUGAGGUCCUUCAGAAGAGGCAGCGGGAGAAAGCACAUAUGAUGAAUGCCAUCAAGAAGUACCAGAAAGGCUUCUCUGAUAAGCUGGAUUUCCUUGAGGGCGACCAGAAGCCUGUUGAACGCCGUGCAAAGCCAGGAGCUAAAGGCCAGCAGACGAAUAAAGGGCCCAAUGCCAAGCGAAGGUACAAAAACCAGAAAUUUGGUUUUGGUGGAAAGAAGAAAGGCUCCAAAUGGAACACUCGAGAGAGCUAUGAUGAUGUCUCCAGCUUCCGAGCCAAGGUGGCUCAUGGCAAGGGUCCCAGGAGGCCUGGGAAGAAAGGGGCAAAUAAGAGACCUGGAAAACGAACAAGACAGAAAAUGAAGAGCAAAACCCACUGAACAGUAUCGUCGUCUGUAGAGAACCAAGGAAAAGGGGGAUGUACAGACUGUAACACAUUCAGAGCUUUUUGUAGAGAAUUAUUUUAAUAAAUUAAAUUUAGAAAUGAAAGAUA